AUGGCUGUAUCACAACAAGCAGACAUGUCCUCGAGGUCACCAGCUGCAGAGACCCACGAGCAUCUACAGGACCCUCAAACUAAGCUUCCCCUCAACACCCCUUUUCAAUCUCAGCAAUCCUUAGCUCCGCAAUCUCAAGGCACUGCUGGUUCGGGGCCCCUAUCUUCCAAUGCCUCCAAAGGCUUAAAUAUUGAGGACCUCCCAGAGGAUAAAUCCAGCAUGGAUUCAUUCGAAGAGGAUGCCUAUGCUGUCAACAUAUUUGUUGGGCUUGGCGUCCUAGGAAUUACGAGCGCCAUCGCACCAUUCUACGUAUCAUCCUCAUCUAUCGCAGCUUGCCUCCUAGUUGGUAUCAGCUUUGUUGUGAGGGCCACCCAAGCUGAGACUAGAGGCCGUGUCUUCAUGGAAGCCCGCCCUAGACCCCGCCCCAGCACUCGCCAUCUACCUGCCGUCUACUUCCUCUACGUCAUGGGCUCCGGUGGACACACGGCCGAGAUGUCUGAGAUGAUCAGACGGAAGUUCCGUGGCCAGAGAAACACCCACCGCCGCUACGUGUCAACUACUGGAGAUGAACACUCUGCGGCGUCCAUAGCCAUGACCGAGACACUUAUCAAGGAUGCCUAUAUCGACGGCAACGGGGGAACCUGGGAUCACUUCCAAGUGAAACGAGCUCGGGCGGUUCAUCAGCCCCUCUACACGGCCUGGUUCACGUCUAUCUGGAGUGCGCUGAACAUUGUCAACGCUCUUAGCAGAGAACCAAAUCAACGGCCGUACGACAAAUACGGCCAGCUCUACAAGUAUCCCCACGUCGUCAUCACAAACGGCCCCGGAACGGGCUUCAUCCUUUGCCUCGUCGCUCACUUGCUCAAGAUAUUUUACCUGGUUCCCCAAAACCGCCUUAAGUUGGUGUAUGUCGAAUCCUGGGCCCACACUCGGACUUUGAGCUUAACCGGCAAGCUGUUCCACUGGACCAGCAUCGCGGACCUAUUCUGUGUCCAGCAUCGAGAUCUGGCGGAGAAGUUUGGGAAGCACUACGUUGGCUUGGUGACUGAGCGGACCACUCCUGUGGGUUAG